AGUGGCUCUACCUGUCCAUGUAGACCUAACUGCUUUUGCUGGAUUUAAUAGAAAGGAAACGGAUGCAUUUCACUGCACUGAAUGGAAACUGACCAUGGUGGCUGAAAGUACAUGGCUGAAAAACUCUACAUGUGGAGAUGCAUGUGAAUUCUACCCGAUCAAAAGAAAUGGGGAGACACUUCCUUUCAAGAACGCCACAGCUAAGCAAGAUCUUGUCAAUGCCAACUGCUGGUCAACCAGAGUUUGUCAAGCUUCCAGACCAUGGCCUUUCAUCCUGGGAUGGGCUGAUGCACUUUCCUGGCAGGAAAUAUAAAUGGAGUAUCACAGAUAUCACAGAUAAGCAUUUGUAUAAGAAAAAGUAUUGUGAAAAUCCCAAUAGGCUCAGAAAUGGACUGCAACGGUCACAAUUUCUGCAUGCUUCAUCACCAUGGACUAGCUCCAUAGUCCUGUCAGGCCAUGCAGAUAUGACCAUUCAAGGCAUUUCAAAUACUAAGGAAUAUCAAAUACAAGCGAAAAAAUGUAAAGGGUACAUACCCAGUUACUUAGACAAGGAUGAACUAUGUGUUGUGUGUGGUGACAAAGCCACUGGGUAUCACUAUCGCUGCAUCACUUGUGAAGGUUGCAAGGGAUUUUUUCGAAGAACAAUUCAGAAAAAUCUUCACCCAACCUACUCCUGUAAAUAUGAAGGAAAAUGUGUGAUAGACAAAGUCACAAGAAACCAGUGCCAGGAAUGUCGCUUCAAGAAAUGCAUCUAUGUUGGCAUGGCAACAGAUUUGGUGUUGGAUGACAGCAAGCGAUUAGCAAAAAGGAAACUGAUAGAGGAAAAUCGAGAGAAGAGACGUCGGGAAGAGCUGCAGAAAACAAUUGGGAUAAAACCUGAGCCAACAGAUGAAGAAUGGGAGCUUAUCAAAAUAGUUACUGAAGCACAUGUGGCUACCAAUGCACAAGGAAGCCAUUGGAAACAAAAAAGGAAAUUUCUGCCAGAGGAUAUUGGACAAGCACCAAUAGUAAAUGCCCCAGAAGGUGGGAAAGUAGAUUUAGAAGCCUUCAGCCAGUUUACAAAAAUUAUCACACCAGCAAUCACAAGAGUGGUGGAUUUUGCCAAAAAGUUGCCUAUGUUCUGUGAGCUGCCAUGUGAAGACCAGAUCAUCCUUCUGAAAGGCUGCUGCAUGGAGAUCAUGUCCCUCAGAGCUGCAGUUCGCUAUGACCCCGAGAGUGAGACAUUAACGUUAAAUGGGGAGAUGGCAGUGACAAGGGGCCAGCUGAAAAAUGGGGGUCUUGGUGUAGUAUCCGAUGCCAUUUUUGACCUGGGUAUGUCACUUUCAUCGUUCAACCUCGAUGACACGGAAGUCGCUCUUCUUCAGGCUGUUCUGUUGAUGUCUUCAGAUCGCCCGGGUCUCGUCAGUGUCGAGAGGAUAGAAAAAUGUCAGGAGGGUUUCCUUCUGGCAUUCGAACACUACAUUAAUUACCGAAAGCACCACAUUGCACACUUUUGGCCAAAACUGCUGAUGAAAGUGACGGAUCUGCGAAUGAUCGGAGCCUGCCAUGCUAGCCGCUUCCUGCACAUGAAGGUGGAAUGCCCAACAGAACUCUUUCCCCCUUUGUUCUUGGAAGUCUUUGAGGAUUAAAAAAGGCUGGAGUGGUUCUCAGAAUUCCUAUAGCACUACUGGGUGUCAUUUCAUUCCAUUGCCUAGUUCCUGUUUUCUUUUGUCCAUUCUCAUGUUUGUUCCACCUUGUUUUUAUUUUGGGGAUUUUAUUUUUUUAAAUAGGCGUGAAUGAAUACGUCCCUUCAAUGCGGGUACUUGUGACAGCUGCA